CUGCACCCGUACAGUAAAGUAGAGACGAGAAUAAGAAUGGUAUUGUAGUCUUUCGGUCGUCAAAGUGAGUUGCUCGCAGUGUAGUUUGUUGUUCGAAACUGUGACGUAUGCUCCCUUGAAGCUCCAUAUUUAAGUUACAAACCCUCAGUUGUGCCUGAAAUCUAAUCAAAAUGUGUGAUAACAAUUCGACACAAAGUAUAGCGGACUAUUUAGCUCAGUUGUUGAAAGACAGAAAGCAAUUAGCUGCUUUUCCCAAUGUGUUUAUUCACGUCGAGCGUCUUUUAGACGAAGAAAUUGCCAAAGUGAGGGCAAGUCUAUUUCAAAUAAAUGGAGUUAAAAAGGAACCUUUAGUGUUACCUGAACCUGAAGGACAAGUGAUGACACUCACGGAAAAAGUCUAUGUACCAGUUAAGGAACAUCCAGAUUUUAAUUUCGUCGGGAGGAUAUUAGGACCCCGAGGUAUGACAGCCAAACAAUUGGAACAGGAAACUGGAUGUAAAAUUAUGGUUCGAGGAAAGGGUUCGAUGAGAGACAAAAAGAAGGAAGAUCAAAACAGAGGAAAACCGAAUUGGGAGCAUCUUUCCGACGAUCUUCAUGUACUUUUAACAGUAGAAGAUACAGAAAAUCGAGCAAAAGUCAAGAUGGCUCGUGCUGUAGAAGAAGUGAAAAAAUUAUUAGUACCUCAAGCUGAUGGUGAAGAUGAGCUUAAGAAAAGGCAGCUAAUGGAACUAGCCAUCAUUAAUGGAACAUACAGGGAUUCUAGUUCAAAAACAACAUCUGCAGCUGUAUGUGAUGAAGAGUGGGCACGUGUUGCAGUUGCAGCAGCUGAAACACAAAGGCUUUUGUCUCCAGCUAUUCCUGGAUUGGCGACUCCGUUGAGAACACCCGCAACGCCUUUGGGUGCCCCUCUAAUCUUGUCACCGCGCAUGUCUGUGCCGACAACGGGUGCAUCCAUACUUAACGGGUCCGCCCCACCAGGAUCUCUGUUGUCGCCCGGGGAAACCCAUGGGUUGAUUUACACCCCGUACACAGACUAUACCAACUAUGCAGCCCUGGCAGCUUCGCCACUUCUCACGGAGUACGCCGCUACCGAACAUUCUGGUGCCGCUGCUGUUGCUGCUAAGCAGCGUAGACAUUUGGGCCAGAUCAGAGAACAUCCCUACCAAAGAGCCGGUGCUCUGUCUUAAGAUAUGCAUAAGGCUUGGAGUGCUAACUUGUCACCUGCACCACUCCACUAACCGGACACCGGACCACCUGCGGUAGCGGUAUGUCUAACCACACAUCACUAACAAUUUCACAAUAACAUCGUAUAUUAUAAAAAUAAUUAAAAAAAAAAAACAACAAAAAAAAGAAGGAAAAACAAAAUCCACUAUAUUAUAUUAAUCAAUUAUGUAAUUCUAAUAUUAAACAUUUGGGCAUCGUUUUGCAACUAACUUUUGUAAAAAUAUACGAUGUUAAUGCCGAAUUUUUAUGCAGAGCUUUAGCAUAGAAUAAUAUGUAUCGAAUCUAUAUAUUAUUCAAAGGAUAUAUGACUAAUAAUUAAUAGAUUGAUUAAUUGAUUAAUGUUAUUAAUGUCGAACAAGUACAAAUUAAUUAACGUGCCAAUAAUGAUGUAAUGUUCUGUUUGAUGGUAAGGAAGUAAUGAUCUAGACCGUUUCAACAUAAUUUCCACUUUGAAACAAUUACGAAUCUCCUUUGCAAGAAAAUAUAUUCACAACAGUACUUAAUUGUAGACCUCAGUGGGCCAUAGACUUUUCACAUUUUUAGUCGAGGUAACUUUGAGAAUAAUUUACCUUCAUUCUGGUUUAAUUUGAACAUCAAUCGCAUGAAACUCAGUUCUAUAUAUAUAUGGUCUUUUUUUAUACUUCGAUGUGUACAACUAUUUAAUUUCUACAAAAACAAAAUCCAACAUGUUUUAAAUGGUAAGUAUAUCAACAUUAUUAAAAUAUUUGAGAUAUUCUGUACAAUGGUACUAGAAAUUAAAAGAAAAAUAAAAUGAGCUGCUUAGAUAUUAUUUUAUAUUCAUUGUUGGUUAUUGUAGUAUAAUAUGUACUGGUAGAAUUGACGUAAUUAUUAAUUAAAAUUAAAAAAAAUCAAGCAAUUUAUACGAUUUUUGUCGCGGAUAAUCACGUAAGGAAUUCACCCAUGCAAAUUACUAUGAAGUAAUCUUUACAAUUUCCUCACACCCUUUGUUAUUGGCUUAUGAAUCAAGAAAACCUUACGAAAAAGACUUUCGUUGUAUACAAUGAAAAGCAAUAUUAAUUUAUAUUAAGUGCAAUAAAAAUAAAAUAUACAUAUAUUAUUUAAAAUUUAUUGUGCAAUUUCAUUGCUAAAUUAAAGGCGAAAUAGAAGUGGAAAUACAGCAUGCAGUAUUAGAUUUCACUAAAUCUACAUUAUUAAUUAAGUAUUUUCAUUAUUUUCGUCUUAUUAUAGUUGUUUUAAAUAGAAGAAACAAUAUGUUAUGGUGUGUUUUUUUUCUGUAAUAAUACAUACUGUACACAAGUAUUAAUUAAUUAAAUCGUAAUUUUAAUGUUACUUUAUAAUUGCAUGUGUUGAGAUUUUUGUAGAUUUUAGAUUUGCAUUAUAAAUAAUUCUUUUAUAUUGCCAGCAAUAAUUAAAAUGAUAAAAGUAACAAAAAUAUAAUCUGUAUGGUAGAUUGUCACUAUUCUUCACUUAAAAAAACAUCGUAGUUGUUCUAGCAUUGACUUUAAAUAGAACAAAUUUUCCGAAAGAGUUUUAUAGUUACGUUAAGUUCUAAUAUACUUGUAUUUUUGUUAAUUAGUUAACAAGUACUUUGCAAAAUGAAAAACAAUCGGUUGUGUUUAAUUAACACUGAUGUAUUUCAUAUUAAACAACACUGCACUUCCUUUUAUUAAUUAGUUGUGUAAAACUCUUUCGAAGUAGAAAAGAGGACAACAAUGAAAUAAUUUUGAUUUUCUCAUUAAUAAAAAUUGCUUUGAUUGUUAUCAUGUUAUUAAGUACUUAGCAAUAAAAAAUUACUUAUUUUUGUAAUUAAUUCACUGGACUGUUGAGAGUUUUAUAGUUUAAGUAGUAGAUAAGUACCUAAAUAUAUAUGUGGUAUGUAUGAGUUCAUAUUUAAAUAUACCUACAUGAUACAUACAUACAUGUAUACAGUCUCAUAUAUA